AUGGACGAACGAUCUUCUGGCAAACAACUAAAGGGGCUUGGGGCUGGAACGAGGCAAGGAGGAAAGGGGCCUGAUGUCGAUCCGGUCAGUGGCGUCACCGUCGAGGCGUCUAGAACACUCUCGAGCGGCGGGAUGCGGCGGCGGGCUUCGCGUAUCCCAGUCCAGUCACAUCUCGAAUCAGACCAUUGCAGCAGCAGCAACAGCAUCAUCACCACCAACGCAAACAGCAUCUCGUCUCGCACGCACACUCACAUCACGAUGCUCGCAACCCAACAGCCGUCCUCCGCGUUCUCCACCCCUUACAUGCACGUCCCCGGCAUUCCAAUCGUGACGCGGCGCACAGCCCGCUCCGCACCCCGUCCCAUGCGCGUCAUCUCCUUCCCCAUCCCUCCCUCCGCACGCGCACGGCGCGCACCGCCGCUCCCGCCCCGCAUCGCGCGCCUCCAGGCCCCCGCCGCCGCAUACACCCUCACCGACAACCCCUUCGCGGAUCCUGAUGCCAUCACCAACGCAGCCGAGCCUGUCUCCGAACCACGCGCGCGCACCUCCCCAGCUGCCACCUCCGUCCAUCCUGCCCACGCACGCACUCGCCCAUCAUACGCAUCCGCCGCUCGGGCAGCACCCGUUCAACCCGCACCCCCUCCGCUCCCGGAGCGCGGCGUCCGCGCGAGCGCAGUCGCCUGCCUGCUCCUCCAUCGCGCACAUGCCCGUCCCUUGCGCCGCUGGGCACAGGCGGGCCCGCGGGCCUACGUCCGCAGCCGUCUCUCAUCCGUCAUAGUUGCAGAGACCGAAGGCGGCGAUGACGAUGCUUGAGAUGCAGACCAACGCCUGCUCCCGCCCGCUUGAUCCUUUUCUAUUUCCUGUUCUUGAUUUCCUUGCGCAUCGCAUAUAACUCAUAACACGUCACGAUUUCCGUACGUUCUCUUACACAUCGAUCUAUCCCCCUGCCUUCUCGCCAUACCCGUUGUACUUGUUGUCGCUGCCCCUUUUCCUUCUCCUCUCGGGUCUCCUCUCCGCCAUCGCCCGCCUGCAGCAUAUUUAACCUAAUACUCGUAGCAUUAUAGAUAGAUUACGCCUGCACGCCCGCAUUUACACAAUCGCCAUCGAUUGACCAUCCCGACCGACGUCGAAGUCGACAUCGUCCACUGCCUCUCCUUUCUUUUUCCUCUCCUUUUUCCUUUCUCUCUCUUUAGCUGGCUCUCGAUCUCGAUCUCGAUCUUGGUACCCCCUCACGCUCCCUUGCUAGCUCCUUGGUUUUCACGCGCACAUCGUUAAGCAUUCUGCCCGUUCUCUUAUCCCCUGUUUCUCUUUGAGCGCGUCGUGUUCUCCGUUCUUGUUUAUGAUGCCGUUCUUACUUGUAAUCAUCGCACCGCCGUACGUACGCUGCACCUACCGAUAGUGGGUGCACACGACCCGACCCGACCCGUCCUCAUCCACCCCUUUUUUCAUACUUCACCGACAAAGUACUUCACGCUUCCGUUUCCUCGUACUCGCCUCUUGGCCCUGCUUGUUUAUCGACUGGGUCCCAAUUACGCAGGUGUUUUCUUUUUGGCAA